CUUGGUUGGCUGCCCGCCUUCCCCCAAGGUCCCUGGAACCACUUCCCACCUGCCCCUCUCGGGUGGUCGGCGCUGUCACGUUUGUCUCCCGGCACGGUCAUGACUGACUGAACUGUCCUUCCUUGGCUCUCCCAAGGCCGUAUACUGUCCGGUCUAUCACCACCACCAUGUCGGCAUGGGGAAGCUGCACUACUUGGAUCUUUGAAUGGAUCAUUGCUUUCACGAACCAGCAACACUAGCAGAAGCAACGACGCAGCCAAAAUGGACGAGUCCGACCCAGAGGCGAGCUACGGGGUUAGUGUCGGAGCCUGUCGUCCGGCUGCUCUCAAGGUCCUCACCCGGAAAUCUCUGCCACUCACCAUCGCAGUUAUAUAAGGCCAUGGCCUCGACGUGCCCAACAGAGAAAUUGAUCAGAGCGUUCCAAUCAUCUUCUCUCUACAUCCCUGCUCAAUAGACUCUUUGCCUCAAUAUCCCCCCAAAGAUGUCUUUCAACCCUAAGGACGUGGACCUCGAUACGGCCGACGCCGCCCAGGUCGUCUGCUAUCUCAACAAAUCUUCUAACGAUUACAAUGGUCACCUGGGUGCCCGUGUCUCGGCCAUCUUCGUCAUCUUCAUUGUCUCAACCGCCGUCACCUUCUUCCCCGUCGUCGCCAAACGCGUUCCCAGACUCCACAUCAACCUCUACGUCUACCUCUUCGCCCGCUACUUCGGUGCCGGUGUCAUCAUUGCCACCGCCUUCAUCCAUCUCCUCGACCCCGCCUAUUCCGAGAUCGGUCCGCAAUCAUGUGUCGGGAUGACCGGUACCUGGGCCAUCUACUCCUGGUGCCCUGCCAUCGUCCUGACCUCGCUCAUGUGCAUCUUCCUUCUUGACUUCGGGGCCGAGCGCUACGUCGAGGUCAAAUACAACGUGUGCAGAGAGGACCCCGAGACCAUCAUGACCAGCUCCGUCGACAACCAGACCGCUAGCAAGGAGAUGCCGGGCAGCCCGCGCAAGGAUGAGACAGAUGUCGAACAGCUCUCGACGACCGAUACCCUGAUCGACAUGUCCUUCAAGCAACAGAUCGCCGCCUUCCUCAUCCUCGAGUUCGGUGUCAUCUUCCACUCCGUGAUCAUCGGCCUGAACCUGGGUGUCACGGGCAGCGAGUUCGCCACUCUCUACCCGGUACUGGUCUUCCACCAGUCGUUUGAGGGUCUGGGUAUCGGCGCACGUAUGUCGGCGAUCCCGUUCCGCAAGGGCAGCUGGCUGCCGUGGAUCCUCUGCUCGCUGUACGGGCUGACCACCCCUAUCUCGGUCGCCAUCGGCCUGGGCGUGCGGACCACCUACAACUCGGGCUCCUACACCGCGAACGUGGUCUCGGGAGUCCUGGACGCCGUCUCGGCCGGUAUUCUGAUCUACACCGGUCUGGUCGAGCUCUUGGCUCGGGACUUUAUCUUCGACCCUCACCGCACCCAGGACAACAAGCGACUGACCUUCAUGGUCGUCACGAUGCUCUGGGGUGCUGGUAUCAUGGCUCUGCUUGGAAAGUGGGCCUGAUUUGAUGACGCUCUUUAUGUAGGGCUCGUGAAAAUGAAUAUGUGUACAGUCUUGACAUGACGGGUGUUUCUAUUUGGUUACUUGCUAGAUAUCCAAUGAUCGGUUGUUUUUCUUGUUCACCUGCUUUGGGUAUUUUGCUUUCAGUUUUUCUCGGAUCAUAUUCCUACUACAAUGCUGCACAUAAUCCAGAAUGAUAAUAUGACUCUACUUCC